AUGCUCCCGGUAGCGCCGAAAACUGAUUGCCCUCAUAUUAAUAAUGAACUUACUCAUGCUUGGGCGCAAGUUCCAGUAGAUGUCCGAGCACCUUGUAAUACCUGUCAAGAUACUAGCGAAAAUUGGAGAUAUGUUAAUGGACACAUGAAAGAACAUAAUGAACAAACAAAUCAUAAAUUAACAAUUUCAUUCUCUGAUAUUUCCACAUGGUGUUAUGAAUGUGAUGAUUAUGUGAUAAACCCAAUUCUCAAUCAAAUCAAAUCAUCGGUGCAUUUUGCCAAAUUUGGAACUUUACCCCCAGAUGCUUGCGGCAUUGAAGUAGUUGGCGAAGGAGACAACGCUGGAGAAGGAGGUUCCAGUGCUUAA